UGGUCAAUACACAUAAACACGAGGUCUUUGCCCAUGGCAAGCACACAAAACCUCUUUUGCCGCACUUUUGCUCGCAGCUUAAGCUCAUUGCGCUGCAAUCCUCGUGCCAAUGUCUCCCAUAUACAGCAGAAUCUACAUGCAAUCCAUCUAAAUGGCUUAAUACAGCAAACAAGGCAGCUAUCUGGUCUAUCCAUCUUUACAAACACGUUCCGCGCCUCGACACCAGCGCCAAUCGUUAGCACACCACGCGUAGCCUUGUCCAGCAUUCUUCAAUUUGCAAGGACGGGUAUACGCAAUGCAACACACAGGGAUUAUCAUGGAUCUGGUUCUUCUUAUGGACGCUCACCCAACCGCGGACCCCGUUUUCCCUGGAUCGAGUCCAUCCCCAACUCUGUCAUAUUCUAUGGCAUCAUUGGUCUCAAUGUCGGCGUGUUUUUGACUUGGCAGGCUGCCACUGCGACUUGGCAACAAACGGGAGACACGUCUUUGAUUAGGUUUCUGAGGGACAACUUUGUAGUGGAGAUGCGUAACAUCUCAUCAGGCAGGAUAUGGACACUUGUGACCUCUUGCUUUUCCCAUCGAGAUUUCUCGCAUGCAUUGUUCAAUGGCCUCACCUUCUUUUUCAUGGCUCCAGCAGUUAUGCAAAUGCUAGGUAAAACAAGGUUUUUGGGACUAUACUUCAUCGGUGGAAUCUUGUCCGGCCUAACGAGUCUCAGCUGGAACGACCUCGUCAAGCAUCAUCCGAUAGCGUCUCAUGGGGCUAGUGGUGCCAUAUAUGCCAUAGCAGCUUACUUUGCCUGUGCAUUACCACGAGCGACGUUCCUCAUCUUCUUUGUGAUCCCUUGUCCCGCAUGGGUGUUCCUUCCCGGUAUCCUGAUAUACGACGGCUACAGGAGCAUCUCCAACAAGAAUACUACCACAGAUACAGCUGGUCACGUCGGCGGUCUGCUUGCGGGAAUAGCAUACUUUGCUGCACGACGGUUUGGUAUCUUUCUAUAACAUACCCUAAAGUAGAUGUGCGGGUCGGGUCAGUAGCAAGGAAUAGACAUAUUUGUGU